CAAGAAUAUGCCGGUAGAAACAGAAAGUGUUGUACUUGAAGUUAACCGUGGGUUGCUCAAGGAGCUUGAAGAUAUGGGAUUCUCAAUGACCCGAGCAGCUUGGGCUCUGCAUCAUUCUGGCAACUCUAGCCUCGAAGCAGCUGUGAAUUGGAUCGUAGACCAUGAGAACGAUUCACAGUUUGACAAAAUGCCUGUGGUGGAGUUUAACAUUGAGAUUGAGUCUCCUAGUCCACAUGAUGAUACAUCAGAAACUGCUCAGGCUAGAGCUAAUGAACUAAAGGAACGAGCUCGUAAGUUAAGAGAAGAAGAAACUAAACGCGAAAGAGAAAGAGAGAAGGAAAGGAUACGAGCUGGGAAAGAGAUGAUGGAGACAAAGAAAAUCGCUGAAGAAAACGAAAGGAAACGGAAUAUAGCUUUGAGGAAGGUUGAGAAAGAUGAGGAGAAAAAAGCAAGGGACAAGAUCAUGCAGAAAGUAAAUGCAGACAAGGCGGAGAGAAAGAGCAGGCUCGGAUUGCCAACUACUUCAACUUCAGCUCUAGUUGCUCCACUUGACACUAAGAGUUUGUUAAUGCCGCCGCCAAGUCCGGCCUCCAAAGCAGAGGAGAUGAGAGAAUGCUUAAGAUCACUAAGAAGAAACCACAAAGAAGAAGAUCCAAGAACGAUGAGGAGGGCGUUUGAAACGCUUCUGAUGAUUGUGAGGAAUGCAGCGAAGAAUCCAGAUGAAGAGAAAUACAGGAGGAUACGUGUCACGAACAGGUUGUUUCAGGAGAGAGUUGGGAGGUUCAAAGAAGGUAUGGAGUUCAUGGAGCUUUGUGGAUUCAAGAGAGAGGAAGGAUCAGAGUUUUUGUCUCUGCCGGACCACGAGGGAGACAUAUCGCGGCUUCGAGACGCUGCGUUUCAGUUGCAAUCUGCGGUUACUAAUCCUUUCUUUGGUCUUCUCUCCAGAGAAGCAGCUGAAGAGUGAAGAGUUGUGACUAAUGAACUUUGUCUUCUUCUUGGAAUGUUAUUUUCCGUUAACAGAUAAAUAACUGAACUAUCAUUAUCUCUUCCAUCUCCUAAAAUGUUUGAUUAACGCACGUAAACACUAUUGGUUUGCUAUUAAGCUAUACAAAGC